AUGGCUUUUACAAUUCGUACGUAUGCUGAUAAUGGACAGGGUGAUACACUAAUAGCGGCGGCGACUAUUCGCAACAAGACUGUCCUAGAAAAGUCACCCAACGCGGUAUCAUAUUCUGAAUUGGAUUUCUCCCAAACUGAACCGCCGUCCGACAAAAACUCAUCAAAUGAAGUGGAAAAUUUGACCUUGGAAACAAGCUGGAUGAUAUCCUCUCCCAAUACGUCAUCACAGAGCCGCAAUCCGAUUACUAUGCCAAUCAUGUCUGGGGAUCAAAAUGGAAUGAACUUUUGUCCUAAACCUUCUUUCCUUUUUCCUCGUUCAUUCAGCACGACAGAAACACCUCCAUUUUCCAGACGGCUGCAACAUUCUGCCUUGGAAAGAGGCUAUGAGUUGAUUACGAACGCUGAAACACCGUCCUCCAUUCUCUGCUACGCUUUCAAAUACUGCAUUCAGGCUAGUACUAGAGAAGAGAUUACCAGCCGCAUGAUAUUUUUAUUGCAACAAUCGCUCCAAGGGGCUUUUUUAGGACCCACUACAGACAUGCUUCAAGGUCCUAUAUCAACCCAGCAGAGCCCUUUGAGCAAAUUACUUGAGCUGAAGGAUCUCUCACCUCUACCAGCUCCUCAUUUCCUUCCGACAUCUGACCUCGAAGCGCAGCCUUCUUUCCUUCCAGGCAAUGAAUUCCUCAAUGCAAAGGAUGUGGAUGUCUAUCUGCAAUCAAGAGGAAUUGUGGUCACUUCGAAGUCACAGUUAAUACAACUCAAGAUACCAGAAGAUUUACCUGCAUGGCAGCCGAAGCGUUAUCGUACAGUAAUUCUCAGUGCGAGCAGACUUUUGGAUAGUGAGUGUUUUCUAUUUGUUUACUGGAGAUUUUCAAAUUAA